GUUUACGUAACAGUGAGUAGGUGUAUAUGAAAUAUGAUAUCACCAACAUCGUAGUUAUAUUAUAUGGUAUAUUUGUAUCUGUGUAGGAGUGUUACAAAAACGCCUAGACUGUUAUCUCCAGGAAGUAAACUACUUAUAGUUACAUCAUGUAACUUACAUGUAAAUGUAUUUCUUGCACACAGUAAUUGUAAUUAAAACCUAAUUGUUGGCAUGUCGACUUCAAGUGCAAUGGAUUUGAAAGUGCAGGAAUAUGGAACACUCAAGGUUCCUUAUGAGAUUCUGAAUAAACGCUUUCGUUCUGCACAAAAAACCAUCGAUCGUGAGCUUCAUGGAUUCUCCGGAAGUUUAACAGACCUGGAGAAGAGCGUGGGUGUGGGAACAUCCAAUGAAAACGUGAUGAAAAUGCUCGAUGGAGUAAUUGAGAAGUUGCAGUCAAUGAAACGAAAGGCAGUAGAUGCAAUAGAACUGGAAGAGGCAAGCGCAAAACUUUGUAAACGAAGGGUAGAGCAUUUAAAAGAGCAUGCAAGUCCCAUACCCUCUGUUGUUGCUCAAUGGAAGAAAACUCGUUUUGAUCGAAUGGUAGUCGACCAUCUGCUGAGGUGUGGGUUUUAUGACAGUGCACUGAAACUUGCAGAGGAAUCAAAUAUAAAGGAUCUGGUCAAUACGGAUGUAUUUAUAACUGCAUGGGAAGUGGAGCAGUCACUGGAGAGGAAGGAGUGUGAAACUUGCCUGGCUUGGUGCCACGACAAUAGGUCGCGGCUUCGGAAGCUAAAAAGUCCACUAGAAUUCAGCGUACAUCUACAACAGUUCAUUGAACUUGUGAGGAAAAAUCAAAGGCUGGAAGCUGUCUGCCAUGCUCGAAAAUACUUAAACACUGCAGAAGGUGCGCAGUUAGCAGAAGUGAAACAGGCAAUGGGUUUGCUUGCAUUUCACCACGACACGCCGGUAUCUCCCUACAAAGAUCUUUUCUCUGCCACACGGUGGCAACAAAUUAAGGAGCAGUUUCGAUACGAAAAUUAUCGUCUGCACCAACUGGGAGAUUUAUCUGUUUUUAAAGUUACGUUACAAGCUGGACUUGCAAGCCUGAAAACACAUCAAUGCUACAACGAGUGCACAAAAUCCACUGACUGUCCAGUAUGUUCACCUAUCUUCAAUGAACUUGCAAAACCUCUUCCAUUUGCUUACUGUGCACAAUCACGACUCAUAUGCUCCAUCACGGGAAAACUCAUGAAUGAAAACAAUCAUCCCAUGAUGCUUCCAAAUGGUCGCGUUUAUGGUGAAAGGGGGUUGGCACAGAUUGCUGUCAACGGUCGCGUAAAAUGCCCAAAAACCAACGAAGAAUUCAAUUUAUCUGACGCUGAAAAGAUCUAUGUCAUGUGAUUGCGCAAAUCUGUGCACGAGAGCACAGAAACAGCUUCCAGUAUAAAAACAUAUCUUGUGCUUUAUUUUUCGCUAAUGCAUCAGAUGAAUUGUGAACAAAUUGUUCAUGUUCUGUAUUACCACAAAACCUUCAGUAUGGGAAAUACUGCCUUGCUUAUGAAAAGACAAUUCCUAUGAAAAACUGGUGCUUGCAUUCAUAAAAACAUUUGACGUUAAAAGGUUCCUGACAAAAACAUAUGGGUUUCAUACUGUUAAUAUAGUUCUGGAGUUAUAAAGCACUUUUGUGGAAAGUCUUAUUCACACUUGUUUAUUAUAAAAAAGGAUUUAUGUGAUUGUUACAUACAUAAAUACAAAUAUUCCAAUGUUGUCUGUUACUAGCUCUAAAAAUUGGAAUCUGUGCUUUUGACGCAAAACAAGUUCCUGCCACUGUCAACUAUAUUGACUUAACUUCCAAAAUAACAAAACCUAAUCAUACGUAUAUCGUAUAAAUCUUGCUCUUAUUUUGAGGUAACUGAAAUUGCAACCAAAUCUUGUCUAUGUCACCUCAUUGCAACAGUUCUGUUUUAAUAAAUUCUUGAUGUUAAG